AUGGCCAUGCAUCGUGAAACUUGGGCUUUUGUCUUUGGCCUUCUAGGCAACAUCAUUUCCUUUGCAGUGUUUCUUUCACCAGUACCAACUUUUUACAUAAUCUUCAAGAAGAAAUCUGCUGAAGGAUUUCAGUCACUUCCUUAUGUUGUUGCACUUUUCAGUGCAAUGCUUUGGAUAUACUAUGCAUUUGUCAAAAGAGAAGCUGCUCUUCUUCUCAUCACCAUUAACACUUUUGGAAUUAUUGUUGAAUCAGCUUAUCUCAUAAUUUUCCUGAUUUAUGCCUCAAAGAAAUCUAGGCUUUCUACCAUAAAACUACUUCUCUUGCUGAAUGUGUUUGGAUUUGGAGCCAUGCUUCUAUCAACUCUUUACCUUGCCAAGGGAGCGAAACGUCUCGCUAUUAUCGGCUGGAUUUGUCUUGUGUUCAACAUCAGUGUCUUCGCUGCACCUCUCUUCGUCAUCAGCAAAGUCAUAAGGACGAGGAGCGUCGAAUACAUGCCAUUUUUCUUGUCCUUCUUUUUAACCAUCAAUGCUGUUAUGUGGUUCUUCUAUGGCCUUCUCCUCAAGGACUACUAUGUUGCUCUACCAAAUACACUUGGAUUUGUGUUUGGAAUAAUUCAGAUGGUGAUAUAUUUGAUAUAUAGAAAUGCAACACCAGUGCUACAGGCACCAUUGAAGGGUCAAGAACUGAGUGGUGGCCAUAUCAUUGAUGUUGUGAAGACUGGAUCUGAACACAAUCCUGGAGGUGGAGGAGGUGCUGUUAGCAAAUUCUGA